AUGAGACUGAGCAAACUGCAAAAGGCCUAUUUAGGCGUACUGGCAAUGGCGACAGGUUGUGUAGGGCUGUACACUGAACUUCCUACCAACCUCACAGAGGUGGACGUCAUAAUUGCCGGAGGAGGCACCGCUGGCAGCAUCGUUGCCUCACGGCUCGCCGAAGCAGACCCAACCCUAUCGAUUCUUGUCAUUGAGCAGGGCCAAGACAGCUUCAACGUGACAAACGUCAUCUUCCCAGCGCUUUUCGAACGAAACACCAUGCCCGAUUCUGAUACUGCCCUGUUUUGGAAGGCCAACAAGUCACCACAGUUGGCGGAUCGCGAGCCCAUUGUUGAGACAGGCGGUAUUCUUGGAGGAGGGUCAGCCAUCAACUGGAUGGUAUACACCCGCGGGCAGUGGGAUGAUUUCAACUCCUGGAACACAUCGGGUUGGUCUACGGAAGAACUGUUGCCACUCCUGCGAAAGGUGGAAACGUACCACGGCGCAACUACCAAUGAAUCCACUCACGGUUAUAACGGACCAAUCCAUGUGUCGAAGGGAACGCACCAAGCGCCUCGAGCUGAAAGAAGUUGGAUUAAGGGGGCUGUCGAAACAGGCUGGUUUGAAAUGGAAGACCUCCAAGCGCUUCACUCUAACAAUGGCUCCGGGCCUUGUGGCGAGUAUCCUAAUCUGCAUGUAUUGGUUGAGACUCAGGUCCUCCAUAUCCUGUUCGAGGGAGAGGAUAAUCGCGCCGUUGGAGUGGAAAUUCGACCGAACCCAGCAUUCGCGCAGGAUGCUCGAGACAAUAGCACGAUAAGUGUCAAGGCAAGAAAGCUAGUGGUUGCCUCUGCUGGGUCUUUUGGAACUCCGCUACUUCUCGAAAGGUCUGGAGUUGGCGACCCUGCAGUACUGGGAAAGGCAGGUAUACCGACUAUCGAAAGUCUUGAUGGAGUGGGAAAUGGCUUCCAAGAUCACCAUUUCGUCGGAUACGUCUAUCGGACGAAUCUUGAACAAAAUGAGACAAUCAAUGGCAUUGCCCGGAAUGAUAGGGGGCGAGAUGUGGACGCCAUGAUUGCUGUCGACGACAAGCAACUUGGGUGGAACGGCCACGAUGCUUCGAGCAAGUUAAGACCUUCUCCUGCUGAUAUUGCAGGUCUUGGACCCGAGUUCCAAGCGGCUUGGGACAGGGACUUCAAGGACUCGCCCAACCGCCCUCUCAUGAUCAUGGGACUUUUUAACGCCUACUUUGGUAAUCCAGAUGCCCUUCCUGACGAUGCUGAAUACGUUACUACUGCACCCUGGGUUACUUACCCAUAUGCAAGGGGUCAUAUUCAUGUCACCGGGCCCAAUAUUGACGAUCCGUACGAUUUCAACACUGGCUGGCUUCUUGAUGAGAACGACAUUGACUUGAAGAGCCAUAUCUGGGGGUACAAGACACAGCGAGCCAUUGCUCGUCGCAUGGACAUCUUCAGAGGCGAACUCGCAUCACGACAUCCUCAAUUUGCCAAUUCAGCGAGUGCCGCCGUUAUUGAGACGGCUGAAGGGCCGGUCGCUGAUGCUAUCAAUUAUUCUGUCGAUGACGAUGCUGCUAUCGUACAGUAUAUACGCGAGAACAUCGGAACGUCGAGACACCCUCUAGGUACCUGCAAAAUGGCGCCACGGGAGGAGAAAGGGGUUGUUGACCAUAAGUUGGAUGUGUAUGGUGUAUCAGGGUUGAAGAUUGCGGAUCUCAGUGUGCCAGCCCAACAAGUGGCUGCCAACACUUAUAAUGUCGCGCUGUUGAUGGGCGAGAAGGCUGCACAGAUUAUUAUUGGCGAAUUCAGACAUUGA